AUGCCUACAACUGGGCUUCAGGCCCUUAUUCUCUGCGGGCCUGGAUCAUCAUUUCCAACCUUCACUUCCAAUCCAGAUGAGAACCCUAAGGCUCUGUUACCCAUCGCCAAUCGGCCUAUGGUAUGGUACCCUAUUGACUUCUGCUAUCGAACGGGGAUCACAGAUAUCACACUCAUAUGUCCCCCUUCAGCUGCUGGUGCUAUCACCACGGCAUUAAACACAAAUCCAUUCCUCACGGCUCUACCUCAUCCCCGUCCAGAUCUUGUGGCGCCUACUGGUCUCGACCAAAAUACGGGUACCGCAGAGAUACUGCGACUGCCCGAAAUUCGAGAGCUCAUCACCUCUGAUUUCAUAGUCUUACCAUGCGAUCUAGUCUGUGAGCUAGCAGGUGAUAAGCUCUUGCAGGCAUGGAUGGUCAAGGCUGCCAGUCUUCCAGACCUUUUAGGUGAUGGUGAGCCUCCAUACUGCAGCGGUGGCUUAGGAGUAUGGUAUGAGACCAAAACAAGCACUCCAGUCAAGGGUGAGGAAACGGACUUCAUCAUCACCACACCGAUGCCUAUGCCUACGGUACCAAUGCCAAAGGACACUCUAUUGCCUCAUCUCUCCUAUCUUACGUACUCCAUGCCAAAGGAUUCGCUCGUUGAUCUUAUGGAUGAGAAGAAAUCUUUGCCAAUACGUCAUGGUUUGUUGCGUAGUCAUCCCAAGCUCAGAAUGCUCACAUCGCACCGUGACGCGCAUAUUUACAUUCUACCAAAAUGGAUUCUAGAAUUCAUCCAAGAUAACGAACGGUUGGAGACGAUCGGCGAAGACGUUAUAGGUUGGUGGGCGAAGGCAAACUGGGAGACGGGGUUGUUUGGGAAGCUCGGAAUGAAGAAAGUUAUUGAAGGUCACCGCGAAAAACCGGAAGUUGAAGUGUCGCUACGUGAUCAUGUCGACAGUCCUCCCAACUCUCCGUGGCGAACACGGGAUACUUUGGGGACUUCUCCUCCGGCGCAUUUGCGUGAGAGACAAAGUGAUGGGCUACUAGCCAAGCCCCGGGAAGCCAACGUCCCGCCGAUUUUGGCCUACAUCCAUCCUUCCCGUGAUGAUGCUCUGCUUCUCCGCCGUGUGGACACGGCCCAACUUCUCCUAGCUAUAUCUCUACAGUUAGCAAAGCUUCCAUCUAUUGAGGAAGCCGUCUCCGAGACAGCGUCUCCUUUCGCUCACGCCAAAAAGGUCGCGUACCCGGAGGGCGUUAAGCCGCGGACCACUAUCACCAGGCAGGAUUGUCUGAUUGCUGAAAAUGUUAUGGUGGAAGAGAAGACAUCAAUCAAGGAGAGCGUCAUUGGAGCCAACUGCCAAAUUAAGGAGGGGGCCAAGUUGUUCCAGUGUCUUCUCAUGGAUGGCGUCGUAGUUGGCAAAGGUUGCAAACUAACUCGCUGUAUCCUAGGCAAGAGGAGCGAGGUAGGUGAGGGAUCGACACUCACUGACUGCGAGGUGCAAGAGAAUCUAUUAGUAGAGCCUAGAACCGAGGACAAGGACAACAAACUUAUGAGUUCAUCUGGAAUGGAGGCUAGUGAGCAAGAGAUGCAGGAUGCCCUAGAAGAGUUUGAUGAGGAAGAUGGAGACGAUGCCCUGUUAGGAUAA